CAGUUCUCUAUUUUGAGGCUCAGAGCACCUGCUGCAGGUAUGCAGCUGCGCCGUGGGAUGGACAGACCAUCCCCAAGCCCUGCUCUGACUCAGUCCAGGGAGGGUGUGGAUGUGUGGUGUGAAACCUGCCUUAGAAUGAUCUGGUGGAGGCAGGUGUUGAGCAGUUCGACACCUACAGCUUGAGUUUGGCGUUUGGAGCAGCAAAAUAACCAACCUAUGUGCAUUGCUGUGCUGAUUGCUUUUUGCUGUGAGCGGAGUGUGCUGUUGGUGACCCAGAGCAAUUUGUCAUUUCUGCAUUCCUGGGAAAGCGUUGCUUUCAUCUCUUAAACGCAGACACGUGGGUGAGUCUGUCCUUUGCUAGAUUAUUUUCUUCUUUUUUUUUUUUUCAUUGUGUUUCUUUUUUAAGCUAGCAAGCCGUGUGAGCAGGAUGGAUGGGACGCUGUGUGGAGCGUAGGCUCUUCCCCAUCCGGCAGCGAUGUCAUCCCUGCAGAUGGCAUCCUCCAGUGGAAGCCACCCACAGCUUUGCUGCCUCUUGGGAGGCCUGAACUUUUCUGCUUGGCAGGAAGGAAGCUCAUAGCUCCUUAUUGACUGGAGUGAAGUGAGCAAUCAGCGACGUGAGACCUUAGGAGGGAGAAGGUGACUUUAUUUUUAAACCCAAAUGAAUCUUGUUCAUUCACACUCGUGUUCUUGUAGCCAGCUGCUCACCAGCACCACCACAGAGAUUUCCCAAUGCUCUGCCUGGCGUUCAGGCACAAGAUAGACGUGUCCAGAUGGUCUGGACAGAAUUCCUUGCAACGGCACAGCAGCACAGGAAUGUGAGCUAUCAGUACUCUGCCUCUUGGACACAGCUUGGUGACCAUGUGUGAGCAGUAUCCCUGCUCCUAACGUUUGAUAAUGUUGUCAGCACAACCAACACCUCUUUCUUAAGUGAGUGGUCAUCAUUUCUAAGUGAGCUGUCACCGGUCAAUCCCCCUCUUCCACUCCCUCACCUUGGAGGUCCUGGUUCCUGGCCAGCUGGGUGGGUUGUGGCAGCCUUGUGACAGCACGUGGGGCACUGCCCGUGACACCAUACAUAGUACAGCUGUGUCUUAAUAGCAUCUUCAUUCUGCCUGUGUUCCCUAAUAACUUGUCUGUCACCACUACUGUGUAAUUCUUUCUCUUUUUUGUUUUUUGGAUGGCUUUAGGUUUGCUGUUUUAUAUUUCUUGAGGGGCUAAGAUCGUUGGUGAUCUUUUGUCUGCAUUCUGUCUUUGGUGUGUGAGUGUUAGGAUUUAGCUGCUUCCCUUUAUGUCCAUAUCUGGAUGUCUUAAGGCUCCCCACCCCAUUCUCUGUUCUUCCCCAGAUCAUUUCAUAAUGGCUUUUUGCAUCUGGCUUCAGUUGUUAGUGAUGCAAACUGUCCCUUGUUCUAAGAUACUCCUUGUUUUCCAGCCUCAGAAGCUGCAGGUAGGCAUGCUGUGAUCCUGUCCUCAGCACAGGCUGUUCACUGUCCCCUCUGUUCCUCCUGCUACUUGCACACUUAUUCCUCCCAAUUCUUCUCUCCGAUGAAGCUUAACAAAUUUAUUUCUGUGCUUUGCUGACUUACAUGCAUAAAGGAUUCUCUUGUGGCUUGGUGUACAUGUGUAAUGCUGGAAGCUCCCUUACCUUACACAGGAGGAGUCAAGGGACUGAUGCUGGAUGAAAAUGGAGUGAUCAGAUGCAGUGUCUGAAGGCACGGACUCAGAUGUGGACAAUCCAAAUGGUUUGUUGCAGGUUCCCCAGAAGAUGGUGUAAAGCCAGCUGGCGCAGCUGCUGCCUGUGAUCUCCGUGUGCCCAGACCUCAGGGGAGACCAUGGCAGCAGCUCAGGGAGCUGGAAGCAGCUCAGCCGGGCCCCCCGGAGCCCCUGUCUCCAUCCCAGGACACAGCAGCUCCACAGCAGUGGCGGUGUGGGAAUGGCAGGACGAGUUUGGCCGGUGGCGGCCAUACCGAGGAGAUGUGUGCAGAUUCAUUGAGCAGGGUUUCCAGGCCUCUCAGCAGAAGGGACGGCGUUCAGGAUCAGGGCUUGUCAGCAGCAGCAUCUCUUUGGGACAUGCAGAUGCUAGCUUGGCCCCCUAUGUCAUCGACAUCCCGAGCCUGACACAGUUCCGGCAGGAUACAGGGACGAUGCGGGCAGUCCGCAGGCACCUCUUUCCCAGGGACUCAGCAGCCGAGCAGGGCAUCGUCUGGGAGUGGCAGAACGACGAACGCGGCUGGUUCCCCUACGAGAUGAACGUCUGCGUGUUCCUGGAGCAAGCCCACGCCUCCAGGCACCAGCGGGUGGACCUCGGCCCCUUAGGCUACAACUAUGAGGUCGACCUGGUGGCUCAAGUGCAGACCAACAAGACCACGAGGUUCUGCCGCAGCGUUCGGAGGCGGGUGGACAAUCCGUACCCCGUGACGGCCGCCCCGGCUCCCCUUCACACGGGGACGGGUUGCUCGUGCCAGCAGUGCUGGCUGAACGGUGGGACUGGCCCCAUCACCACGAGGUUCCGGCACUCCGUGACAAACUUCCCCAAUUCCUCUGCUGCACCUCAGGUUUCUGGUAGGACGACGUCAGGGAGUUCUUCCGGCGUCGGCUUUGUGCCCUAUAACAAACCCGCGUUGUCUGGAGCGAGGUCGACGCCGCGACUCAAUGCGCAGAGCAGCUGGGCUUUGCCCCAGGCUGGAGGUGCUGUGGGCCCCAGCACAGGACUGUCCACUUCCAAUGGAGUCAGUGCUCUAAAUCUUCCUGUCAAGAUGUCCAAGCCCAGCAAGCUGAACCAAGCCUUGGCAGGCAUGACGGCUAUUCUGAUGUCAGCUGCUGGACUCCCCGUGCACCUCACCUGUGUGCCGCAAGCUGCCAGCACCCAUAAAGCCACUAAAAAACACAGCUCAGUUAAGGAGGGGAGGAAAGUGUCCAAGAAAGGCUGGUGGAGGAGCCUGGCUGCCUCUGCGAUGGGCCUGAUGAUGGCAGCACCAACUGACCCAGAAGCAGUGGUGAAGAAGUACCUGGUGGAGGUGAAGGGCACUCCUGCAGAUGAGGACUGUAUCAUCUGCAUGGAGAAGCUGGCCUCUCCUUCAGGUUACAGCGACGCUUGUGAAUGCAGAACAAUCAAGGCAGAGAUGGUCGGUCGCCUGACGAACUGCCAGCACUCCUUCCACAUGCUCUGUGUGCUGGCCAUGUACUCCAAUGGAAACAAGGAUGGCAGCUUGCAGUGCCCCUCCUGUAAGACCAUCUAUGGAGAGAAAACUGGCACUCAACCCAAAGGCAAAAUGGAGGUCUCCACUUUCCCUCAAUCCCUCCCUGGCCACAGGGACUGUGGGACAAUCCAGAUUGUGUACCACAUCAGCAGAGGCAUUCAGGGCCCUGAGCACCCCAACCCAGGGAUGCCUUACACAGCAAGGGGAUUUCCUCGCUAUUGCUACCUACCAGACAAUGAGAAAGGCAGAAAGGUCCUGGAGCUCCUGAAAGUGGCCUGGAACAGGCGCUUGAUUUUCACAGUGGGCACCUCCAGCACCACUGGUGAGAGCAACACGGUGGUAUGGAAUGAGAUCCACCACAAAACAGAGAUGGACACAAACCUGAGUGGCCACGGCUACCCUGACCCCAACUACCUGGACAAUGUGCUGGCAGAGCUGGCUGCCCAGGGCGUCACCGAGGACUGCCUCAGAAAAUGAGUGGUGUUGAGGGGCUCAGCUGGGCUGUGCACAUCUCUGUGGCCCCCUGCCCAGGGGCCCACCCAGUGCACUUAAUCGUGUUGCCUUAAGUUCCUGUGUCUAACCAUCUGUCACCCUAAGCAAUAAUUCUGUCAUGUGGGAGUGCUGUGUACUCUGUACAGUCUUUUUUUUUUUUUUUCCUGGAGGGAAGCUAUUUUUGUAGAAAACGUGACUGUAUGUCCAGGUAGGGUUGGUGUCUGCAGCUGGGAGAGUGGUGGCGAGGUGACAGGGCCCCUUGUGAAGGCAGGACCCCAGUCCCGGUGCUGUCUGGGGUGACAGGAGCAUCUCUCUUCCGUAAGAGCACUUUGGAAAGAGGAGGGUCUCCCUCCUUCUCAUUGCAGUUCUUCUGAGCAAAGCCUCCUGCCCCUGUAGCAGAUACCUGUAUCUCUUGGUUGUAAUAAACACUUCAUUUCCAUGGAGAGCUGCUGCUUUGCCUUCAUCCUGUGUGGUGGCUCAGGAUUCCCCCUCUGAGGGACCGGUCUGCUCUGUGGAGCUGGGGUCACUUGAUCCAGCCAGGAGAAGGGAGGGGAAGCUCAGCUCUGCUGGAGGACCCCGGCUCUCUGCAGGGGCAGGAUGCCAUGUGCUGAGCCCGGGAGCUUGGCUUGCUGUUUCACCCCUACCUCCCCCCCUCCUGGCAGCAGCAGCAGCAGUUGUGGAGCUGUGCUUGUCCCUGUGGACAGCUGCUGGGGUUUUGUGCCUGAUGCAGCUCUGUGCUGUUGGCAUGGGGUGGUGCUGCAGGGAGUGCUGGUGCCACCGGGUGGUGACAGGCCCUCUGCUUCCCUCAUCCCUCUUGCUGCUGUGAUGCUCCUCUCUAUGCAGCCUCCCUCUGUCAUGCCCAUACGAAGAUGGAAGGAUUUUUGGAGACAUUAAGGGCUGGGGGCUUGUACCCAGUGUCCUUUUUGUCCUUGCACCCUUUGCUUAGCCCUCUGAGCAUCAGUUACCACCCUCUGCUACACACAGGCUUUUUGGAGAGAAUGAUUGCUGGCUUUGUUUGGGGAUGCUGCCAAAGCAGGAUGCUCUUUUGAGCUGGCUGUGGUUUGCAGGGCUUUGUGGAAAGAUGAUGUUGUUCUGCUCUGUUUGCCAAAGGGAGGUUUCUAGUUUACAGCUCUGCUUUCUAUCCCCUGCUGAUGUCCCAGGGAGCAAAGCAGAGGGCUGAAGUGAAAAUUCUCAACACGAAGCAAGGAUUUCCUGCUGCAGGUAGUUGGAGCCAGCCCUCGAGUGAGCGCUCCUGUUCGUCAGGCAGCUGCAGCCUCCCCACCUGGCGGCUGUGUGGGGCUGGGUGCUGCGUUGUCAGCCUGACUCACAUGGUGUCACCCACUGAGCACUGAAGGCACGGCUCUGGAGCAUCUCCAACAGCAGCUGCUGCUGUGCCUGGGUUUCUCCAGCUCCUCCCUCCCAGCACAGGGAAACUGACUGCAGCUGUGCCUGGUUUUUCCCCUCCCCAGCUGGUCUGUGUAAUCCAUGGAUGUCCAACCUGUUGGCUUGCCUGGGCUGUGUUGAGUGAAGAAAAAUUCCUCUGGGCCUCAUACAAAAUAUAUGAUUGAGUUAACGUAUGUAAGUAACAAAACUUAUUUUUGUAUAUAUAUAUAUAUAUUAAUUAAAAUGUAAAAAACCAGCGACAAAACCAUAAA